AUGCACGGGGAUCUCACUCCCCGAAACAUUGGAAUAAAUCAGGAGUUCGAGAUCAAACUUCUUGAUUUUGGACUUGCCAGAGAAACAAAUCCAAAACUCGAUCGCUCGACAAAUGUUGAUAUUUGGGCUGCAGCUUUAGUUGCUCUUGAAAUGUUGGGAAUGAAAUUCUUCAUGCCAACUGGAGACGAUGAAGAAUUCACCAAAAUGAUUCGAGAACGUGGAGUGGAAAAGGCGUUUGACAGUAUUUGGGAGGAGAAAAUCGAGCCACGUUUGGAUAGAGAUAUCGGGCCAUUAAGAAGAGAGGACUUUAAAGAUUUGAUUAAAAAGAUGCUUCACCCAAAUCUACAACAACGUUUGCGGGCCGAUGAAUGUCUCCUUCAUCCGUUUUUGCGUAAUUUAAGCGAAAAAUUUCCUAAAAAUUUCCAACAGCUGCUGACCACGGAAUCUGAUCAGCUAAAAUAUGAAGCAAAGAAGAAUGAAGAUCAAAAAGGCCAAAAUCAACUCGAUCGUGACUUUUGUCUCCAAGAGGCUGGCAAUCAAUCACCCUUUGGUUAUCAUCCGGAUUCAAGAACUCGAAGUUCUCAAGAUCCAUUUUUUGCCUCACUUACGAUUCCUGAUUUUCUGCCU